AUGUUGCCACUGCUCCCUCUUAUUCUAGAUCGUCAGACCAUCUUCCCACUGUUGUACAUCAUCUACAGGGCUAGAGAGAUGGCGAGCACACAAAAUCUCCGCCUCGCUGCCUGCACGCUUGCCUUCGCCACAGAAAUUGCUGCACAAUCCAUCAACGGCCUGGGCGUCUCUGGAGGCGAUGGACCACGAGGAGGCAUUGGCGAUGGUGCUCACCCCGUCCAAACAGCACAGUCUUUCAUCACGGACGCCCUGAUCCCAGUACCCAACUCCAACACGACUAGGCAGCUCGCACAAGGUCCAGCCCCAGUCCUGUCGACAAGUAAUGCUACAGCAAACUGCAGCGAGCAGCGAAUAGUCGUUGUCGAUUCUUGUUCGGGUGCUCGACAGCAGAUGCUUGGCUUCGGCCACUCAUGGACUGACUCGACUGUUUCGACCUUCAACAGUCUCGAACCUGAUAUCCUGGACCAGCUAAUGCAGGAGCUUUUCGGCCAGGGCGGUAACAACAUGGGUUUUAUGCGCCAUACCAUGGGCUCAAGCGAUCUCAGUGGAGCACAACAGUACUCAUUCGAUGACAACGGACCGGCUUACAACGACGGAGAGCCUGAUCUCGAUCUCUCGCAUUUCACUCUUGGUCCAGACGGAACGGCGAUGGCUCAGAUGCUUGCCCGCAUGGGUCAGUACAAAGGCGAUGUCUUCCUAUACGGCGCUCCGUGGUCACUCCCUGGCUGGAUGAAGAAUAACGAUCUAUUCAUUGCUGGCAUUGAGAACAAUUACGGCCAACAGUAUCCACUCCUGAAUAAUUCUUUCAACAUCAACCUGAUUCCACAGGCUAUCGACUAUUACCUCAAGUACAUCGACACCUAUUUGUCAGAAUUUGGCGUAAGCAUCAAUGGCCUGAGCAUGCAGAAUGAGCCGUUGAACUAUCAAGGCGGCUAUCCUACUAUGUACCUAGAAGGUGCAGAUGAGGCUGCCUUGCUCAAUCAAGGCCUUGGCCAAGCUCUUCUGGAUCGCGGUGUUCUUGCUAUGGCGUAUGACCACAAUACCGAUCAACCAGUGUAUCCCUACCGAGUACUCCAAGGAGCACCAGACCUCAUUCGCUCUGUUGCAUGGCACUGCUACCAAGGUCCGGCACCGAACUACACGGUCAUUGAAGACAUAUAUCGCGCCUUCCCGAACGCUAUACAAUUCAUGACAGAGUGUACCAGCUACCUGCCAACUGUGAACACGGACAGCUUCCAGGUCGCACAGAGCUUCAUGUUACCUGUCCAGCAUGGUGCGUCUGGCGCCAGCAUGUGGGUCUUGGCCACAGAUCCGGAUUUUGGCCCACACUCCCCGUACGGUGGCUGCAAUGGCUGUCAAGGAAGCAUCAUCGUCAACUCCAGCAGCACAUACACGAAAAUGCACGACUACUAUAUGGUUGGACAAUUCUCUCGUUUCGUGAGACGUGGCUCGGUCAAUUACCGUGUUCUGCAAGGCAUCGAGGGAAAUGGGUUUACAAGCGACCAAUUUUACAUCCUCGCGAUUCAGAACCCAGACAAGUCGUGGGCUGUGAUCUUCAUGAAUAAUGUUGGCUCAGAUCAGGAGGUUGCGUUGUCGUUCACAGGGCAAAGUGGGCAGGUGUGGCAUGGUACCAUUCCGUCGGCAAGUGUCGUUACAUGGCUCCUGCCAUCUCAACAGAUUCUUGGUCAGACGAACGGCACACACCCGAAGAGCAGCUUGCCACCAUAUCCUUAUGGCAACACCACAGUGCCCGCCCUGACUGGUACAUUCGGCACCGGUAACAUGACCGCGACCCCACUGGGUGUGUGCAACAUCACAGUACCAACAACGACCAGUUCGUCGAGCAGCACUUCGGUGACUGCGCUGCCUGUGCCCGAUACAACGCACUCCUUCCCGUCUAUAUCGGUGACCGAGACUGCCUCGACAGCUUGA